AGUGUUAAAUGUCCACGUACUCACCUUGAUUUCUUUUCAGUUCAAUCAGAGCAAACAUCAUCAAUUCACAUUGACAGAGUUCUCAUACCCCCAUGGCCCAACUCCUGGACGUCGUUGGAGGUCACCAGAGAAAGAGAGGAACUGCACCACUUCUGCCUGAACCUAUCCUUGCUGCUGCCUGGACCAGCCGCCCGAACAGAGGUAGUUGCAGGGGCUUCCUGGUUCGCUUGGGUCAGACGCGUCGCCGCUGGUUGCAGAAUUGGAAGCGGAGGUCGCCGAGACCGGUAUGUAGAGCUGGACCCGCUGGAAAUCGAGAGGAGGAGGAAGAGCCCUCUGCCGCCGCUACUGCUGAGCCGCCAAUCGCCGUCUUCGCUGGGUCGAGGUUGAGGGCCGUCAUAUUCAAUAGUCUUUGCAACGCCGCCGAUGUCGUAGCGUGCUGCCCGUCGAUGAAGAGAGGAGGAGAUUGUGCCGCUGCCAUUCGAUUCUGUGAGAUUGCAAUAUCAGUUGUGACGCAAAGGCCUUGCGCUGGAAAAUUCCAUUUGAAAGUUUGGAUUGCGCCCAUUUUGAUGGUUGGAAUUGAGAGCUGCAGGUGUCUGUGUUUCCUCAUUGUAGAUGCGAAGGUUUCUUUCUUUCCAGAUGGCGUGGGUUAUGAAACCAGGCAAGGUGAUGGAUGUGCAUAUGGUUCCUACCCAUUCUCACCAGGAUUGAAGGUUACUAUGAAUGUCCUUGGUGAUGUCUUCGAUCCUGCAUUUAUUAUUCCCGAAGUUAACAGCUGCAUAAUGCUUCCAGAUGUUCCAGCCGAUGAUGCCUGGUGCUAUCCUUUUAAGAAUCCCUCUAAGCGUGUUAUUGUUGCCUCGCAGGUUCCAUUCCAGGAGGUGUUGCUUGAAGGAGAUGUUAUCUUUGAGAACUGGCCCAUCUAAAAGGUAUGCAAAGUUGCUCCAAAUAUUUCUGAUUUUAGGGCAUUGUAGGAGGCAGUGGUCCAGAGUUCCGUCAUGAUUUAGGCAAUAAGGGCAUAUGGAAGGG